CAGACGAGCAGGUACCGGAAGAGGUCAGUGGAGGAUGUCUUACUCCUCGUCCUGUUUGUUACCCAUUCCGGCUCCGGCCUCGGUUCGUUUCUGUAGGCAUCAUAUUCAACUCAAAUGUGGCCCUGGAGCAUUAAAUUGGAGUAAGAGUUGUCUACAUGUCGGUUCAUUCGUCUCUGCUGCGAGGUUGACCAAAUCUAAAUCCCGCAGCCGUAGUAUCUUUCGCUGCAGUUCUCAACUGGCAGAGCUUGGUCCUGCUACCUCUGCUGCCUAUGGAUUUCUGCUUCUAGGCGGCGGUCUCUUUGCCUAUGCAAAAUCAGGAAGCAAGGGAUCACUUUUCGGAGGCUUUACUGUGGCAGCUCUCAUGGCUUCUGCUUACUUUCUUAUGCAAGGACCAGAUACUAAAGCUAUUGGUGAUGCGGUCGGGUUUGGAUCUGCAUUCCUUUUCUCUUCUGUAUUUGCAAUCCGAUUGGCAGCUACCCGAAAGCUCAUUCCAUCGGGCCCUUUGUUAGGCCUUUCUAUCGGUGCGUUGGCUGUGUUUAUCUCAGCAUAUCUACAAGAUAGUCACUGAUCAUUGAGUUGUGUCGAAGAUGAUUAAAUAAUGUUCAGAAGUCACCUAUCUCCCAUUACUUAAUAAGGUGCUUUGAAGUUUUUUUGGAACUCUGACUUAGACCAGACGUUUUCACACUCAAUCAAGGCUUUGCUUGCUUGUUGAUAGGUAUAUUUUAUUGUUGGUGGUGAUACCGUGUAUUUAAUGGUGUAAUUUACAAAAGGAAAGUGUUACACAAUGACUAAUAUAAAUGCCACUAAACAAGAUGCCUUA